ACCGGUUCUCGAAUCGUUCACAGACAAAAUAGUAUAGUGGCGACUUAAAAACCGAACAUCGACAAAUCCCUCGUCAGAAGAAUAUUUGGCGCACCAGCAGCGAAACAUAGUCACAUUGAAGUACCGCACAUCAUUGCUAAGAAUGGCUACUGAAUCCUCCGACAUGCAGAUGAUGCAGCAGCUGGUUGUUGAUACACCUUACCAAGCCUUAGAGCCCAAGGUAUCUUACAGACCACGUUACAAAUCGACCGUGGCCAUGAUCACCGGUACCAUCCAGCUUCUGUGUGGCAUCAUCGUGUUCGUUCUCGGAAUCGUUUGUCACGCAAUGAACCUGACCUGGUCGAUGGCCAUCAUUGGUGUCUGGGCUGGUCUCGGGUUCUUCUCUUUGAGUGGAGUGCUUGGAAUCACUUCAGCACGAAGGCAAACAAGUGUGAUCGUUGGCUACAUGACGAUGUCGAUAUUGUCAGCUGUAGUCGCCUUGGUAGCUGGGUGCACAUACGUUUAUGUCGUCUGCGCUGUCAAAGAAACAUGUCCCAUGCUUGAGGAACUUCAUCUCGACAUGGAAGUGCCAACGGACGUCAUCAAUUGUUCGAGACAAGCUGCGGACAUUGCCAUGAAUGGAACGUUGGCUGCUAUCUUCUUUGUGGAACUCGUUUUUGCGCUCAUAGGGUCAUGUAUUACGUGUAGUGGGAUAUUCUGCAACAGAGAGCUAUUGGUAGCAACAACACUUAUGACAGACGAUUAUGAAUAGCAUUCAUUCGAUGUUGUCAUGCUUUCCCUGAGGCAUUUGAAAGACACUUGAUUUAACACCACGGAUGCCACUGAAAAUGGAUCUAAAAACGCCCAACAAGUUUUGAGUGCCACAAUCACAUCAAACUCAUUCGACUCAUUAAAAAUUUGACAAGUCAAAUUUACAGGAGUUGAAAUUUCUGAAGCUCUUUUAUUCUCAUUUGAGUUUUAUUUCAAGGCAGAGAAGGAGUAAGGGACUAGUUCUGGAAAUAGGUUAUGCAGUCCCUUUUCCGAUGUAUAACCGUCAAAUUACAUCAUUCAUGAAAUGCUGAUCACUGUAUUACGGCAGUAAGGUAUUUUUGUAUAGCGCCAUCUGACGGUUUGAAAUUCAAGAAGGGACGCACUGGAUGAUGCAUUUUAAUUGUAUGUUGUGAAGUGAAAGUACGCCGUGGUUGGCUUCCUGAAAUGACCACGUGGUACGUAACAUAUGGAUGCAUGCACGCCGUGAGCCCGCAGUUAAGAGAGGCUUGAAAGAA